UGUUACAGACAUUCCGUUAAGAAAGUCCUCCAUUCCAUGCCUGAUGUGUCAGAGUUCUAAGUUUUUGUGAUUGUCAAAUGUUUUGUUCUCUCUCUCCAUUCAAUGUUUUAUUUGGUGGUUUGGUGGCGUACAGCGUGCACGCUGGUUUUUCUGUCCAUCUUAUUUUCAGGUGUUUGUUUUGUUUGGUGGUGUUCAGUGUUUUUUCAAAUUUUUUGUUUGUUUUAGUGUUAAUUUUUGUGGCAGAGCGGAGGAAGAGACAGAACAGAAGAAGAGGCAGAGGGAGAGCAACCAAGGGCAAUUUCUUCUUCCAGGUACAAAUGGAAGCUUGUGAAGCAAGUGGUGAAGGACGUUUUCCAGACAUUGGAUGUUGGAUGUGGUCAAAUGAAGUAAAGAUGGGGAAGAUAGAUGAUGGCUUAUAUAAUGAUUCCAUGAUAAAAUGCUGGAAUAAGGAACCGGUGGAUUAUAGAAAACUGGAUGCCCAUUUUCAUCAUUUCAAGGGUAGUAGUUCAAGUUAAGAACGUAUGCAUCAUAUUUCGUGCCUUCUGGCAAGAGAAAAAGAAAAACGGGCAAAAACAUUACAUGUUACUCUUGGAAUAGGUGGGUUGAAGGCCACUCUCCCAAAUUCCCAACAAUGGGUGUCAGUUUGACAACAAGAAGAGUAGUAAGGGAUGUGAUUAGAUAAUUUCUUUAGUAACAUUUUGGUCAAGGGUAUUGACCUAAUAGGAGUGUAACAUGGUCAAUGGUAUUGACGUAAUGGCAUUGUAACAUGGUCAAGGUAUUGACCCAAUAGCAUUGUAACAUGUACAAAAAUAAUGAUUAAUAAAAAAAUUUAUUGGAAGGGGAUAAAAAUCCCUUCCAAAGACCAAAGGGAAUAGCCAAUGGCCAUGGUUAUUCCUUAAGGUUGUGUGUUUG